AUGUCUCAAGGAGAGAUGGUCCCGCGCCGCGUCCAAUUCUCUAGCUGCGACGAGUGUCGCAGGGCGAGAGUCGGUUGUGAUGCGGGCAGGGCCCGCCGGAACCGAGAGGAUCAGCAGGAGCUCGUGUCCUGCACGAGGUGCCUCAAUCGCCAGCUCAAGUGUACAUUCGAGUGGAUGAAGCCGGGUACAAGCACUGCUGUAUCCAACCGCAAAAGCCAGAACGCAAAACCCAGGAGGAAACGGUCUAGGGGGUCCACGCGAGAAUCGACGGUUUGCGAAGAGAACAAAAGCGACACGGCUGGCGAAUCACUGCCCAGUUUCCUUCACCAACACGCAGAGAGCGCCGCAGGUGAACCAUUGGCAAGGUAUGCCCCAACACUUACAAAACCGGUCAGUGCUGUUGAACGCCAAUGGCUUCAUACCAUAUACGAGGGGGCGUUUGAAACCAUCUUUGGAUCUUGGAUGGGCCGCCACAGCAACCCUUUUGCUUUUGGAGAACAGAGCCUGGCGGACGUGGUUAGUAUACGACGCGUUUGCAGCGAACUCGACAGACACAUCGACGAAGAGGACGCUGUGGCCAACACAACAUCCGAAGCUGGAGCUUCACCAGAUCUUGCCAGGCACGAGAAAGAUACACAACUCAACCAAUUCCUUGACCAUGCCGUCCAGUCUUUCGCCGCUCGCUGGCUACCUCUGACGCAGCAACAUAGUUUGCCAGGGCUAUCCCAGGCAGACAUCGUUUGUCGUCUCUGGCGCCGUGCGCACACAGACAUGCUCAAAGUCAUAAACAGACCUUCUUAUCGAUCUAUAUUGACUCUGCUAUUGUUUGCCCUGACACCCAUCCCGGUGGGCAUAUCUGAAGAAGAAGAACUUGAAGGAGUAUCGGGACAAGUCUGCGUUCACGCAGCACUGCAGCAGAUUCAGACACUUCGUGCACGUCAAAAGAGCCUCCAAUUCAAUGGAACAAGAGUCAACCUCACCAACUCGAACCGACCCAUUGGAGCCAGUCCUGCCUCACUUGCCACCGCUAAUUUUAUUAUCGCCGAGAGUACUGCGUAUUGGGCAGCUCUGACAUUCGACACCUCUGCCUCUUUAACCUUGAAUUGCCGGCCAUUGCUUUCGUCUGGGCUUUUUGGAUUUGAGUCUGAGCCAUCCUGGCGUAUGGUGCAGACCUGUAUUGGUAUCUUCCGCGAAACAACGAGAGAUUGGAGUAAUCUUGAUGUCGACCUAACAGAUGAGAAAGCAAAUCAAGUCAUAGCGGCUGGGGCAGCAUGGAAGUUGCUGGUCUGGAAACUGACCGCCAAUCUGAAAGAAUCUCUGCGAGAUGGUCAUGAUGAGGCAGAGGUACUCAGGGCCUUCAGCUCCGUGUCCAACGCCAUCGAUCAAUUCAACAUCACGUACCGAGAGUUGCUCAUCGCGUGUCAGCGGCGGAUACAGUUCUUCAACCAAGAAACGAGACUUCGCUGGUAUGAACUCAUGCUGCACUAUAAUUUGGCGAUUUUGAUGGUCACUGAUAUUGCGACUGCAACACUACGGGAGGACUUACUCUCCCUUUUCUCAGCAAAGAGAGUCGAUGCAGAGACCUGGGUCAUGAAUUGCCUCGUCUUCGGGUUAAAUAACAAAUAUACCUUACGACUACAGUCUGAGCCAGCCGUAUCCGACACCGGAAUCGCCCCUAUUCAGUUGGCAAGCUUGACUGUCCCCUUAAUUGCGAUCGAUCCAUAUCCCCACCAUGUCGUUGCAGCGGUGAAGCUCAUGCAACACGCCAUUGAGAGAGACUUUGGAGCCGAAAAGAUUAGCGCCGAUGCUUACAAUAAUCUGCGUUGUACCCUGAAGCAAACCUUGGAGCAACUGCCGCAAGUCUCGAAAUCGGUUCAGACAACAAGAGCGGAGUUUGAGACAGCUGAAUUUCCACCCCAGCCACUGUCGCCUUACACUACUAAAUCGGUUGUGUGA